AGUAAGUGCAUUUCGUAUGUUCUGUUAUUUUGUGCGCGUCCCUGUUUAUCUAGAAAAUGGUGAAAUUUCACUAAAAUUAAAUUCUUUUGUAAUGAAUAGCACGUAGAACUUAUAGUCAUUUGUGUUAUGAACUUGUGUAUUUAUCAAUUAGUAUUUUUUGACUGCAUAUACUGAUCUACCCCAAUCUAACUAUCCAACUGUGUUCAACGGUGGACAGGUGACACAAUGUCAGAAAUCGUGUAUCCGCCAGGAUGCCGUCCAAUCAGCGACGAUCUAAAUACAGAUGAAUUGAUCCGUCGUUUAAAAACACUUGCUCAUACUUUACAAGCAAUGGGUCAAGACGACGGGGCCUAUAAACAGUAUAUUCCGUUGUCACUUCAUCUCGCAGAAGAACAGUUUCUGUCUCAUACUUCGCGAGACGUCCAGCUACUUAUCGCCUGUUGCAUUGCCGACGUUCUGCGAGUAUACGCACCAGAAGCACCAUACAAAGACCCCGAACAGGUCAAGACGAUUUUUCUCUUUCUAAUAACUCAACUGUCUGGACUAAAAGAUCCUAAAGAUGCGGCUUUUAAAAGAUACUUUUACUUGUUAGAAAAUCUCGCAUACGUCAAAUCAUUUAAUAUGUGUUUCGAAUUGCAAGAUUGUCAAGAGAUUUUCUGCGCCCUGUUCCAUCUCAUGUUCAAAAUUGUCAACGAUGAACAUUCAGGAAGAGUUAAAAGUUUUAUGUUAGACGUCCUUUGUCCUUUAAUAUCGGAAAGUGACAUGGUCAGUAAUGAUCUUUUAGAUAUUAUAUUAAUUAAUAUUGUCGAACCUAAUAAAACACAACAAAAAAAUGCCUAUUUCUUGGCUAAAGAGUUAAUAGUGAAAACCUCGGAUACACUAGAACCGUAUAUCCAAGCUUUUUUUAACCACGUGCUGAUAUUAGGCAAAGAAGAUAAGAAUUUGCAAAUUUGUGGCAAAGUGUAUGACUUAAUAUACGAAUUAAACCACAUAAGGCCCCAGAUCUUAUUGGCUGUCUUGCCACAACUCGAAUGUAAAUUAAAGAGUCCUCUUGAGAGUGAUAGGCUAGCUGCUGUAGCACUUUUGGCGAAAAUGUUUAGUGAAAAAGAUUCUGAACUUGCAAGACGUCAUAGCGCAUUGUGGAGAGCAUUUUUAGGAAGAUUUAAUGACAUUUCAAUAGCAAUUAGGACUAAAUGUGUACAAUAUUCUAUGCAUUUUCUUCUCAACCACCCAGACUUAAGAAAAGACAUAACAGAAACUUUGAAAAUGAGACAACAUGAUUCUGAAGAGAACGUUCGUUAUCAAGUGGUUAUGGCGAUUGUUACAACAGCUAAAAAUGAUUUUCAAGUUGUGUCCGAUUCUGAAGACCUUUUGGAGUUUGUAAAAGAAAGAACCUUGGACAAAAAGUUCAAAAUACGAAAAGAAGCAAUGUCAGGUCUCGCUCUCAUUUAUAAAAAACAUCUCAGUGAUCCAGAUGUACCAAAUGCUACCAAAAAAGCAGUAACUUGGAUUAAAGACAAAAUUUUACAUGGUUAUUACAUGGCUGGUAUGGAAGAUCGUUUACUAGUAGAACGUUUGUUGAACACUUGUCUAGUACCUUAUCAACUCCCAGCUGCUGAAAGAAUGAAGAAAUUAUAUCACCUUUUAGGAACGGUUGACGAUCAUGCCACAAAAGCCUUCUUAGAACUUCAGAAAAAUCAAUUGUGCGUCAGAAAGUUAGUACAGGAAUUCUUAGAACUUCACAGGCGAUCGAGCAAUGGUGCAAAUGAAGUUUUAAAAGAAUUAGCACUCAAAAUACAGAAUUUAUCUAAAUGUUUGCCGGAACCUGUUAAAGCACAUGAAUAUCUAACAAAAUUCAGUAACCAUUUAAAACGAGACAAUUCUUUGAUGGAACAAUUUGAUAUUGUCGUCAAGCCAUCUGUAAGUUGUAAGGAAUGUUCAGAAGCUACAGCCGCUGUACUUAGAAAACUCGGACCACCAGUUAUGACAAAUUUGUAUUACAACACAGUAAAGAUGCUGUUGGAAAGAAUCAGUUCUGUUAUGAUUGAUCACGAAGCUAUAAAAUUAUUAGUUGGAUAUGUAGAAGAUUGCUUGCGAGGCGGAAAUUGUAUUGAAGAAAUUGGUUUGCAUCCAGCGACAGCUGGUGACAGAGGCCUUAAGUUGUUGGUUAUGUUAAGUGUAGUGUUUCCUACACAUUUUCAAUAUCCAGAUGUUUUGGAGCAACUUAUGGAACUGUUGAAGUUGGAAGAUGAAAAUAUAGCGCCAUUGGUGCUGUCUGUUUUUACGUUUCUUGGGAAAUAUAAAUGCUUAUAUCAACAAUUUCCUGAUAUUAUGAAUCAACUAGCACCAAUAUGUAGAGAUUUUGCUCAAACUGGAACUCCGAAACAAGCCAAGGGGGCCAUUCAAUGUAUAUACAAAAAUAUGCCCGAUCUGUAUGACAGUCUCUUUUCGAGUAUUUUAGAAUCUGUAAAAAAUAAUCUGACUCCAGAAUCUUCACAUUAUCGAACUGCUAUAGUGACCCUUGGACAUAUCGCAUUCAAUAUUCCAGAACGUUAUAAGGUUCAAAUUAAGAAUAUCGUAUCAAGAAAGAUUGUUAAAGAACUGUUAGUAAAAGAAGCCAGAGAAGGUGAUAUAGAUUCUGGUGACGGUGAAGCUUGGUGUUCCGAAGAUGAACUGCCAGAAGAAACGAGAUGCAAAGUUGAAGGCCUAAAAGCUAUGGCACGAUGGCUUUUGGGUUUGAAACAAGACACGGCGUCCGCGCAAAAAACGUUCAGGAUGUUGAACGCUUUCAUAUUGCACAAGGGAGAUCUGUUGCAAUCUGGAAGGUUGUCCAAGGCCGAAAUGUCUUGGUUGAGAUUAGCUGCUGGAUGUGCUAUGUUGAAGGUUUGUGAACAGAAAGGCGUAGGUGAUCAAUAUACUGCUGAACAGUUUUAUAAUUUGUCCCAGUUGAUGACAGAUGAAGUGAAGCAAGUUCGUGAAAUUUUUGCGACAAAAUUACAUAAAGGUCUAAACAAGGGACUGCCAAACAAAUGUUUACCAUUGGACUUUAUGGGCUACUAUGCCUUGGCUGGACGUGAACAAGAAAACCGCCUUCGUACUACAAUCCGAAACUACAUGAUAGCUGACAUAAACAGACGACGCGACUACGUUAAAACAUUGACAAUGGGCACGGGACAAACGGACAAGGCGUUAAGUCAGCUGCCUCACAUACUACCCGAUUACAUGCUUGUAUUUGCCGUACCCGUUUUGGCUCACGACCCACAUCUUACCAAAUGGGAUGAUGUACAAGAGCUGACGAAAGCGAAACAGUGUCUUUGGUUCAUAUUGGAACCGUUAGUUGUUAAGAGUGAUUAUUUUAGUUAUGGAUUUUAUAAGAGUUUGAUAGAAAAAAUGAAAAAUCACAAGAACGCUGUUAGACCUGAAGAUGACUCUAUUAAUUAUAAAUUAUGGGCCCUUUGCGACCUAGCAUCUGGCCUUCUACUUACCCGAUCGACAAAUUACGACUUAAAGGAUUUUCCAAGUGACACGCGCAUUCCAUUAAUGUAUUUUCAACCGCAACCAGAAUUUUUCAACACAAGGGUUUUUCUACCGCCGGAACUCCAGUACCAGCCGAAUUUGAAAUCGGGAAUCACCCUCAAUAUGCUCAAUAAUGAAAGACAGAAAAAACCAAAACCUAAAAAGCCCGAGGGAUGUGGACCUCUAGGAACUGACGUUCAACCUUCAGAAGCAUCUGACACAAAAAUUCAACUGCCCGGUUUGGAAGAAACAAUCGAUGAACCACCCGUCAAAAGACUGAAAACGAAGGAAAGAAUAAAAGUGGAUGUUGAUAAGUGAGCGUGUAUACUGUAAAUAAAUGACCCACAAAAUGUGUGAUCUCCACAGGUUGCAAGUCGGCAGGAACCUUUCAGUGCUUUUUUUGCCGUUAGAAUCAUUUAGUUUUUUUAUUAUUAUUAUUAUUAUUAUUAAUAAACUUAAAUGAAUAGGAUUUUUUAUACUAUUCAUUGACAGUGGUUCGAAAAAUCAUCUUCUUAAUAAUAAUUAUUAUAAGUUUCCACUUGAAUAUCAGUAGCUAGUCGUAGUUUUAAUUCUGCUCAUUCUUAAUUUAUUACGAUAAAAACUGAUAUGAUAUUCUAUGAAUCGUUUUAUCACUUUUUAAAUACAAAAUAACCGAAUAAUCCCGGUAGAAAAAAAAAUUAAACUACAUUUGAUAAAAGUAAUGAUUACUACUUUUUAAUAUUAAAAUACAUCAAGUACGUCAAAAUUUAAGUUAGAAAAAAUUGUGAUAUAAAGUUGAAUAUUACAUAAAAAAAAUCUUAAGUAUGAAUGAUCAUUUUUAGAAUUGUAAUAGAACAGUGCAAAAUAAUAAAACAGUAACACAUUUACUAGAGUUCAUAAAAAGCACAAAAAUUGUUUUUUUGUUUUUUUUAGUGAUAUUUUUCAUUUUGACGUUCCCUUCUCUUUUGAGACUUUCAGAUGUUCAAGUGGGAACGGAUUUUUAUACAGUAUAUUGAAUUUAUUUACAUAUUACACUUUUAUUUUUGUAGAUAAAUGUUAAAUAAUAAAUUUAACAACUAUUUUAGAAAUAUAGGUUGAAUUGUCAUGAUGAUUUUAUUAUUAAGCUCAGUAUUAUGAGCAAAGUUGAGCAUCUGAAAAAUGUAUUUAUUUUUUGUAUUCAGAAUUAAAGAAAUCAAAAUGUGACACGUUCUAAUAUAGAUUAUUCUAAUAGAAAAACAAGGGGGUUUUUUACUCUUCCAAUGGGAAACUUGUGUACAAAAAUUUAAUAAUACUAAUGCAUAGGAAACCAAAAUUUAUUAUUGAAUUGAAAUAUACAGUAUUAAAUUUUCGCAAUAUACAGAGGGCACAGUAAUUUAAGCUACAUACAAGGAUUUAACAUUUCAGAACAAUCUUGAAAAUAUGUUAUAUGUAUUUUUUUUUAUUUAUUUAAAAGCAUUAUAUUAUACAGGGUAAUUGUAUUUUGUAUCAAAGUCAACGCUUUAUAAAACUUAUAAAAAUAGUUGCUACAAAAUACAUUGUCAACCUCUUAAUUUUUGAUAAUCAAAUUAAAUUUCAAAAUAAAUUUUUUAACUUAUUCCAUUAAAAUACGGGUCAACAGUAUCACCGUAUUUAAGAAUGUAAAAUGUGCUUUAAAACAAUUCAAUUUUCAAAGGCUAAUAAAUAAAUUAAUUUCAAAUAUUAUCUCAGAGGUCUACAAUUGAUUAAAUGAAAAAAUGAACACUCGAAAUUUGUCAAUCUGCUUGGCAGACUUGAGUUUUUCUUCCUUGAUUUAAAUAAAUAUAAUACUGUCAACAGAACAAAAAUAUGUAUCAGUAACAAAAACCAAUUUGUAGAAAUUGUUCAAAAGGUGAACCAAUUUGUUUGAUACACAAUUCAUGCUGAACACAAUAACUGAACAUAUGAUAUUAUUUAAUAAUGUUUGAUAUUUUAAAAAAUCCCAUUAUUAAAUUUAAUUUGAACAUCUUAUAUUUCGAAAACUAAGCAUUUGCCGACCUUUGUUUAUAACCUUUUGGUAUUAAUAUUAAAUGUUCUAUUGAGUGUUAAUCUUGCUGCAAAAAAUUGAAACACCCUGCAUAUUAAUAUAAACUAAACAUUUUCUGAUUAUUCGAACCACUUGAGUAGUCAAUGAUUCUUAUCUCGGAUCAUUUCGGUUUUUAAGACACUGGUGUAAAUUCUAAGAGAGAUCAAAUGGGAUUUCAUAAGAGAAAUUAUUUUUAUAUAAUGGGUGAUUUUU